AUGGAUACAGAUUACAGUAUUAUGAACUCCUGUCCGUACACGCCCGUGUAUUUUAUAGAAAGUCCAGGCGUUACACAGAAUAUGCAGAGCCCCCAAAAACCCAUUAGCGAGAAUUUGAAGCGGUUUUACGAAAAUAGCGGCAAAAUGGAAACUAACCUUAAUCAUACGGAAAAUAAUUCCAAACCAAGGAUUCUAAAAAAACAAGAAUGUAAUGUGGUUGGGAACAAUUUAAAAUUGGCGAGUUUUCUUCUUCCAAAAAGUGAAGUUAAAACUCAGACUAAACAAAACAAUACCACGACAGCAAACAAUGUAAUCUUAAAGCCAAUAUACAUAGCUAAUGGUGCAAGUGUAGCAGCUUCAGUACCCAAACUGGACAUAAACAGUAGAAUAGUGAAAUUGAAGGAUCUCCCAAACAUAACCAGAUCUCAUAACGGAAGAAUAUUGCCAAAGAUAAAACCAAAGGAGAAAUGUAAUAAAUCCCGUCACACAUCUGUUCAGUUGUUGAAGCUGGGUGAGACAUACCACAGUCUAAACCGCCUCAGCGAUGAUCAGAUGAAGAUUGUGAAUCAUGCCUUACAAAUAUUCCAUAAUCCUCAAAACGCACCACCAGAACCUACUUAUGAUCCCGUUACAAAUACUAAAUAUAUAUAUAAGGUUGUAUCACCUAAAGAUUUAGCAGUAGUAGGUAAAAAUAAGGAAUUAUUAUUAGAAAAAAAGCCAGAGAUCAAAAAGGAGAUUAUUAUUAAUAAUGAAAUAGAAGCUGAAAGUGAAGAUGAUCACAAAAUUAACCUUGAGACCAAAGUGACGAGGAGUGGGAGAAUUGUUAAGUUACCCAAAAAUAUUCUGCUGGAGGAAGUACCAAAUAAGACCAAAAAGAAAAAUGUUACAUCAGUUACCUGUCUUCAGUGUUCCUCUAAGUUUGGUAGUCCGCAGCGUUUGAAUCGACACUAUGAAUAUCACCCGUCACACUUACCUUCGAGACUGCACAAUGAUUUAUUUCAGUGUUUGCUUGCUAUUGUACAAGGGAGUCCCGAAGAGAAAAGACCAGAAACCUUUUUACAACAAUUAGAAUAUCUGAUUGAGAAACUAAAACAUUUGGCACCAUGCUUAACAAAGACUGAUGAUAAAUUGAAUUUGAAAUCAAAUAAAAUCAAUGAAGAUGUUAGCAGAUUAUUAGGAGUAAGUCCAGGUGACUACAAACUUAAUAUAGAUGCACUUAAUUGUAAGAGAGACAAUAAUGGCCACUGUGACCACAACCCACCACCGCAACAAACAAAACUUAUACAAACUCAUGUAGAUAUUGAAGACAUUAUAAAAGCUACUAUACAACCCAAUGAAGACAAAAUAUUGGACAAGUCUAAGAUAGAUACUGUGAAACUGAUAGAUAAAAGACAAGCCAUGGUUAAAAUUGAAAAUAGAAAGCAGAAAUACGAACAAUCCAAUCAUGAUAAUGGUGGGAAAAAAGUUAAACUAACAAAUGAACCACAAGUCGGAAACCUGUCUAUGGAUGAAAUUGUUUCCCUCAUCUCAGAAACAAAACCAGCAGAUAAUGUAUUGAUAAGUAACCAACAAGUCAGAAACGACCAAGUAAAUAAUUCCAAACCAUCACAUAUACAAUUCCACAGUGCACAUUUUGACAUCAGAUCAUCACCAAUAAAAUCAUCAUCAACGGUCUUCCGUAAAUUCCAGAUAAACCCCGAGAAAAUGGCAAAGUAUGAAGUACAAAUAGUGCAACCAUUAAAAUUAAAUCAGUUGGCUCAAGACUUGGAGCAGGCUAUUCACAACCCAGUCAAUGAAACUCCCACAGUAUUCAAUGGAAGAUCUGAACAAUCACAAGAAACAACAAAAAAAUGGCCAGAGAAUGAGUCUGAUUUUAUAAGAACAAAUAGUUUAAUAAGCAAUCAAUCUGAUGACUUCAUGAGGUCAAAUGCUUCUAUUGAACCUGCACUAAUACAUAUUAAGGAUACACAAACAGACAACACAUUAAUUGAUAAUAAUGAUCUCUGUAUAAAUGAUGAUUAUUCAUCAAGCAAUGGACAAGCUUUAAUCAAUUUCCUAGAAUCUCUGGGCAAUGAAUUGACCAGCACAGAACCUACAAGAAGCAAUCCUAGUGAUUUCCAAAUGGAUUUAUUCUCAUUUAAUAAUUCAUAG